AUGAAGGAACUUCUGAAUGCCACGAGAAGAGCACAGGCAAACGUGAACUACCAAGACGCUGACGGGGUCAGCGCUCUCCACCAAGCCGUGGCACAGAGUUCCGAGAAGAUUGUCGAAUGCCUGCUGGAGCAUGGAGCUCAAGUGGACCUCAAGGACAAACGUGGACUGCGACCACUCCACUACGCGUGCUGGCAGGGCGACGCGGGACUCGCGGAAACGCUACUCCGGCAGGGCGCCUGCGUUAAUGACCCCGCUCUGUCAGGGGACACGCCUCUACACCUCGCGGCCCAGCUCGGACACGCCACCGUCAUCCAAACCCUGAUGUACUACCAUGCGAGUACGUUAUCCCGGAACCACGAGCAGAAGACCCCUCUGGACCUUGCCGCUGAAUUCGGACGUUUGAGAGCCGCGCAAGUUCUGCUCGGCUCGAACCGGUGUCGGCAACUUCUGCAGGACUCGAACCAAGAUACCGCGGAUAACAAUAGAACGACGGCACUCCAUCUGGCCGCGCGAGGCGGUCAUGCCGAUGUUGUCAGGUAUCUCUUGGAUCUCGGAGCGAAUGUUGACCGAUACACCCUGCGAGGGACUCCUCUUCACGAAGCAGUAUCCGCAAACAAGCUCCAAACUGUGUCCAUUCUCCUGUAUUCCGGAGCGGAUCAGACGAGGCCAAAUCCCACGGGCUUGACAGCCAUUGAGCUUGCAAUGAAAGCCUCGCCAUCCAACGACGAAAUCGUUACCUGCCUGAAAGAGCUACGAAACUCACAAGAAGCCGUGGCUUCAAGGGAUUUCACCUCGGAUGAAGGAUGGAGUUUCAGUGCGGGUGAUCGUGUGCUGGUGCUCGAAGUCUGUGGAGAUGAUUCAAUCCGCGGAGUUCCUAUUCACAAUUGUACGCACAAUGUGUCCAACAACUCUGCAACUUUCGCGAAGCCCCCACGCGCAGUUGUCAUUCUACCUCGGAGCACACUCAAGUUCCGCGACGAAGGCGGACUCAACCGCAACGGAACGCUGCGGUCGUCGACAAUCAAGAAGGUCGACCCUCCAAAAGUUCCAGACCUCGCCAACAACAACAAUAACAACAACAACAACAGCAGUAGUGGCAACAACAACGCCAGCCACAACAGGCUCUCGUGUUACUCGACGUCGUCCGGCUCUUCGAACUCGUCGUCCGGGGGAUCGUCCUGCGGGACCUACGAGAGCGACCCAGUGUACCAUCACCCUCCGAUAUGUCCACCGUCGCCUGAAUAUGGUACCGCGAAACAUAUCCUCAGUUCCGGAGUUCAUCUCAUGCUGGACGGAUCGGCUAUGAGCGUGAGACCACGCUCGCAUCCCGGUACUCCGCAAUCGCCGCCGCCAGCCAUGGGGGAAUACCACGCAUCUCCGAAUGUUAAUGCUCCCAUUUACAUAACUAGUAGCAACAGCCAUCAUCUCCAUCACCAACAGCACUUCCAUCUAAACAACAAUGGCAUUGGCAACAGCACCAGCCACAACAAUAACAACAUGAACAACAAUAAUAAUAACAGCAUCCCGAAUAGUACAACCCUCGUACUUCAUCAACAAGCGCCCAACACCCUGCCUGUGACACCGGCGGGAUACUCUGGAGGGGAUGUGAGGAAUUCCAGUUCCAGUCUGGAUUCUGGUCGCGGUUCGAGCAGCUCGAGCUCAGAAGCCUCUUCAUUCGGAUCGAAUAAGGACCAAGAGGUGCUGGCAAUGUGGCUAAAGAACCUGCAUUUUGAGGAAUACCUCCCGCUUUUCGUCAACUCAGGAUACGACAUGCCGACGAUUUCCCGAAUGACUCCUGAAGACCUCACGGCUAUCGGGAUCACUCGGCCACAGCAUCGCCGGAAGCUCAAACAAGAAAUUAGUAAACUGAACAUUUCUGAUGGGAUACCAGAUUACAAGCCGGACAACUUGCUUCUAUGGUUGAAACUCUUACGACUGGAUCAGUACGCUCCCGCUCUGACAGGCCAAGGAUAUACGACCAUUGAUAAAGUUGCCGAGCUGACCUGGGAAGAUUUAGAAGAGAUUGGAAUCCAAAAACUAGGACAUCAGAAGAAGCUCAUGCUAGCUAUAAAGAAAGUCAAAGGCCAGAAGGGACUUUAUGGAACACUGCCCGUAACCUCACAGAUUUUGGGUCCUCCGAACAACAAUCCUCAAAUGCCGCAGGUGACGAGACACCCGAGUCUCGACAUGGGCAAUCCUCACGCAAGGCCAAUCACAGUCCCGGUCCCACCGAACCAGUACGAGGCUCUCAACCAGCCGGGACGAAUGCAAAGUUUUCUAAACAAUCGCAGCGCUUUGCGAACGGUUGGUUCGGGGAGCGAUCUCCAGCGAAUGGAUAAUGAAGAUCAGCAGCUUUACAUGUCACUAGAGAUGAACAAUCAAAAGAAUCAGCGUGCAACGGGACGGUCGCUGGAAUCUCUGCAGAACGAUAUGUACACCUUCCAACAGCAAGAUCUAAACUGGAGACCAAAACAAUUCGAUCAGCCGCACUACGAACCCAUGGAGGGCACGGCCACGUUAAACCGGCCCCGCGGACUGGUGAAGCCGCGACCGGUAGCGAAAGUGACAGGAACCUCGACAACGUCGCUCCGAGACGCACUCAACGACGAUGACGACGACAAUCUGAAAAGUGGACCAGCGUUAAUCUCGAAGAGGAUUCUACCUUCGUUGCCGCCCGCUAAGCCCCCACUCGGUGACGUCAUGGCUGACACCGCAUUCGCGACUUGCGUCCAGUCGUUGACGUCACGUUUCACGCUAGCGACUCAGGAUAAGGAAGACAAGGACGAUGCUCUUCCGGCGGUGCCUCCACCGAUGAACGCGACGCUGAGGAGCAUCUCCAAAAUCAGCCAGAUCACAAAUACGGGAAACCCCCGAAGACCGAGAGAGGAUCCUUCCCUCGAGAGCGGUGGAGAGAAGGAGGAAGUCCUUGUGUGUCUAACCGAGUCUUUUAUCCAAUUUCAGGCGAACGCUGGCAACGGCCCACAUUUCUCGCUCAUCACCGACCAACAGCAGAAGCACAACGGAGUUGACAAGAAAGACCCGCCUUCGCCACCCCAACGUGAUUACUCGCCAAUCACAACGCCGAGCAAGGAAUCUCCCUUAUCGCCAUUGAGCGCGGUCUCGUCCCAACUGGCCGAGGUCAAGCGUCAAGAUUCGAACUCGAGCCUUGCUAGCGACUGCGGGAUUCCGUUCGCCAACGAGAACGUCGGCACCAUCAAACAGAAACCACCCCAUCCGCCCACGCCUGAUUACGAAACUCCGUCUGCCCUGCACCAGCAGCAGCAGCAGAACUCCCCGCAGUCGCAGCAGAACCCAUUCGGUACUGUAGGUGCUGGCGGACAAAAAAAUUCACCGUUCGAUUCGUGCACAUUGCCUCGGCGGGGUGUUGCCAAGCCGCAAGUCGAGCAGGGGACCCUGAAGAAGAGUUUUGCGGAUUCGCCCCUUUUGCGUCGUAGUCAGUCAGCGAGAAACCGCGAUAACGAAGCGAAUCCACCGCCGCCUCCCCCCGCGCCGUCUGGAGGACACAAAGUAACCGUGAUCGACGACAUCGAGCACAUGCUGGCCAGCCUCACCGAUCAGUUGGAUGCAAUGCUAGAUCACACCGCCUGA